UUCGCAAAAUGACAACAGCCUUGAGUCGUUUCGGUCUGGGUCUGGGCCUGGGCCUGUGCCUGCUCGCCACCAUCGCCCGUGGAUGGGACUACGCGGCGCCCUACUCCGACUACGCGGCGCCCUACUACGCGGCACCCUAUUACUUUGCCCCGCCGCGCUACGACAUUACGCCCUGUCCACCCACCGGAGAGGAGAGUGUGGUCUGUGCCGUGGCCCCGGGCGCCCAGCCAGCGACCUUCCCCAGCCCCUGCGAAGUGGAUCGCUUCAGCCGCCAGACGGGCGUUGCAUGGCAGAUCAUCUACGAGGAUAGGUGCGACGAGAUGGAGGACUGUCCGGAGAUCUGCAACGAGGAAUACAGUCCAGUCUGCGCCACAUUCCGCUCCUCCAGGCGCACCUUCAGGAACUACUGCGAGCUGCUGCUGGUCACCUGCCGAACAGACCAUCGAUGGAAGAUGAUGCAUCCCGGCACUUGUGACAGCAGACUGCCGGGUCUGUACUCGCCACGCGCUCGGACCUAUAAUCCCUACGCCAUGCACGCCAUCCAGCCAUCGUCGCCCUAUUACGGAUCCUACGGCUCCUAUCGACCACAGAGAUUGAGGAGGCCACAAACGUCGAUUGUCUCCCCGCCACCGCCUUACAAGGCGGCAGCGUACGAGCCAUACGAGAUUUCAUGGGACAACCUGCCCACCGAGUACGAAAUGAAGCAGACCUCCACAAAGGCCUAUGCAACGACUACCCAAGCGCCAGAGACAACCCAGGUUACCCAGGAAGCGGUAACCACUGAGGCGACAACCGGGUCUCCGACUGCCACACAAAGAUCUGCGAGAGUUUUAAGCGUAAAUGCCGUGGCCAUAGACAAUGAAACGACUCCGGAGACUACAGAAACAUCAACGGAAACCAGUUCCACAGCCACCCCGACACGGUAUCAGCCAUAUCCAUAUUACAGUCCGACCUCCACAACAGAAGGAGCAUCCACCACUGUCAAGCCCCAGGGACGGUCUAUAAAUAUCAAUGCCCUUGCAAUAGAGAAUGAAUCGUCAGCAGAGCCCACCUCUACAGCAUCCUCAACGACCCAAGAGACAUAUCCAGCCUAUCCCAUCUACAACACUACUGCAACUCCAGAGCACGCUACAACAACUGCAAGACCUUCGACACAAUCUACCCCGACUGCUACUGAGACAACAGAGGAAGCCUCCACAACGGUCAAGACUGCUUUGAAAUCCCUAAGCGUAAAUGCUGUGGCAGAGACUGAAGAUGUUACCGGAACCACAGAGAAUACAACAACGGCAGAAAGCUCGACAGCUGCACCUUCAACAUAUGAGGCUUAUCCAUCCUAUUCAGCCUCCAAGUCCUACACCGACUCUUCAGCAUAUCCCUCCUAUAGCCCCACAGCUACUGAGACCACAGAAGAGGCAUCCACUACUGGCAAGACAGCACUCAAAUCUCUAAGUGUAAAUGCAGUGGCUCAAACUGAAGAGGAUGUUGCAGAGACCACCCCGGAUCCAACAACUGAAGCCAGCUCUACAAAGGCACCUUCUAGCUAUCAGACUUAUCCAUCCUAUUCGCCUUCUCCAUUAUAUCCAUCAUAUCCAUCCUAUUCAGACUCUUCAGCUUAUCCCUCUUAUAGCCCGACUGCUACUGAGACAACAGAGGAAGCCUCCACUACUGUCAAGACAGCUUUGAAUUCUCUACGCGUGAAUGCUGUGGCAGAGACUGAAGAGGAUGUUGCAGAAACUACUCCGAAUCAAACUACGGAAGAAAACUCUACAGCUGCACCUUCAACCUAUGAGACUUAUCCGUCCUAUUCAGCCUCCAAGUCCUAUACCGACUCUUCAGCUUAUCCCUCUUAUAGCCCGACUGGUACUGAGACAACAGAGGAAGCCUCCACGACUGUCAAGACAGUUCUCAAAUCUCUAAGCGUGAAUGCUGUGGCAGAGACUGAAGAGGAUGUUGCAGAAACCACACCGAAUCCAACAACGGAAGAAAGUUCGACUGUUGCGCCUUCCACAUAUGAGACUUAUCCGUCCUACUCGGCCUCUAAGUCAUAUACCGACUCUUCAGCUUAUCCCUCCUAUAGCCCGACUGUUACCACAGAAGAGGCAUCCACUACUGUCAAGACAGCUUUGAAUUCUCUACGCGUGAAUGCUGUGGCAGAGACUGAAGAGGAUGUUGCAGAAACUACUCCGAAUCAAACUACGGAAGAAAACUCUACAGCUGCACCUUCAACCUAUGAGACUUAUCCGUCCUAUUCAGCCUCCAAGUCCUAUACCGACUCUUCAGCUUAUCCCUCUUAUAGCCCGACUGCUACUGAAACAACAGAGGAAGCCUCCACGACUGUCAAGACAGUUCUCAAAUCUCUAAGCGUGAAUGCUGUGGCAGAGACUGAAGAGGAUGUUGCAGUGACGGAAGCCACAUCUGUGGAGCCCAGCUCCACUGUUUCUACGCCAAAGAACCAGUCCUAUCCAUCUUAUACAGCUACUCCAAGUAACAGAACUACCGAUGCUCCGAAGACAACCGAUGCCUCAGUGUUUAGGGUAAAUGCGGUGGAUGUAGAUGAUGGCCAGAACCCUUCGGCGGCAACGGGGCUGUCAGUGUCAUCAGGAAAGGCUCCGAAUAAUACCAUCGUGGAUUAUGUGUCUGGAAAAGAUGGCGAAAACAAGCAGCACAUUCGGGUGUUCAACACUGGGAGCCAAGGCAAUGUGAUUAUAUUUAACAUAAAUAACAACUAAUCGAGUGCUUUGAAUAGCCUCAAAGAACUGAAUUAGAUAAUCCGUUUUAUUAGUUUAUUGAUUAUACAUUUUGUAACAACAAUAAUACAUUUGUCGUCGUGU